AUGGACUUGCAUUGUGAUUGUGCCGAGUCCCCGGCAGCCGAACAGCCAUCAGGAAAGAUUAAUAAGACCGCUUUCAAAUUAUUUGGGAAGAGGAAAUCUGGCAGUGCCAUGCCAUCGAUAUUUGGGGUGAGAAACAAGGGAGAUGGGAAGAACACAGGCAAAAUGGGCAUGGUACGCAGCAAGACCCUGGAUGGAUUAGCUGAUGUUGUGCUGGAGAGCAGCAAGAAAGAAGAGCAGUGUGCAACACAAGCUGCUGCUGAUCCACCAAGCACUGACAUAAACAGCCAGGCUGUCACCGCCACCAAGACAGAUGUCUCACCCAACAGCUCCGUGGGUAAAUCCCACAGCUUCUUCGCUUUGCUGAAAAAGAAUGGCAGAUUAGAGAAUGUGAAAGGGGACAAUGUGGACCAGAGAGCUAGCAGCAGACAAAAGAAAGGACUGAAGGGAUUGUUUAACAGCAUGAGAUGGAAUAGAAAAGAUAAGAAUUACAAAGAAGAUAAAGAGGGAGCCACUGAAAGCCAACCUGGGCUCAUACUGUCUGGCUCUUUGACAGCCAGCUUGGAAUGCAUUAAAGAGGAGAUACAAAAACCGCUGUGUGAGCCUGAAGUACCUGCAGAGACUGUCACAGCUGAUUUGCCCUGUGAGGAGCAGAGUGAGGUUGUAAACAACUCAACGGAGGAGCAUCAGUUGAAAGCAAACAAGGAAUCCCCCUCAUCCUCACACACCCCACCGAAAAACCUCAGGAUGGGGAUGCAGCGAGUAGCCCACAAGUGGACCAUGUCCGCCAACUGCCUGAACCAGAGGUGGAGAUCCUGCAGGAUAAGAAGGAUGAAAGACUAACAGGAUGUGGCGAUAUUAUUGCUGAGCCGGACGAUGAAGGAGGCAGCAGUAGCAGUGCCGGUGCAAGGAUUAUCCCUGGGAAUGGCAAGAAAGCUAUCCCCAAAAAGACCCCAAACAUUAUUGCCUAUCAAGGAGGAGGGGAGGAGAUGGCAAGCCCGGAUCAAGUUGACGAUAAUGACAUGCAAGAAUUUUUGGGAAUGAUACCCCAAGCUGAGGACACCAGCAAAGAGGUGGGAAAAGUGAGUAGGCAGGCCUCAAGGGAGGAAAAACGUUCUGAGAGCACAUGUGAUGGGAAUGGAGUGAAGCCAUAUAAGCUGAGACAGGAUGCAACUAAUUCUAUUGAAAAGGGG